AUGACAUCAAUAUUUGUUCCAGGCCCUGGGUUAGGAUUUGUUGUCUACCCAGAAGCCUUGGCACAAUUUCCUGUCCCUCAACUAUGGAGUUUUCUCUUCUUUCUUAUGCUCAUGUUGUUGGUAUUGGAUACACUGUUUUCAAUGGUUGAAACUGCUUUAUCUGUCAUCCUGGAUGAGUAUCCCUUCCUGAUGAAAUGGAGAAGCUCUAUUGCUCUUGGUUACUGCAUCGUCUCCUUUCUGAUGGGAAUUAUAUUCACCACUGAGGGUGGGAUGUAUCUGUUUCAACUGACCGACUGGUAUAUUGCCUCCAUAUUCCUCAUCUUUGCUGGAUUUCUGGAAUGCAUCGUACUUGGGUGGAUAUAUGGAGUGAAUCGUCUCAGCGCAGACAUCGAGCUGAUGAUAGGUAGACCAGUCCCGUGGUUCUUCAGACUCACAUGGCGUUAUGUCACACCCACUCUCCUUCUGAUUGUUUUCAUUUCCACUCUGACCAAAUACGUGCCCCCGACGUAUGGCACCUAUGUCUAUCCUGACUAUGCUGCUUCUAUCGGCUGGACACUAGCCGUCAUACCCUGCAUCCCAUUUGUUGUUAUGAUGUUCGUGGCCAUUUACAGAGAGAACGGCGCCAUAUUGCAGAGAAUCACCAAAUCUCUGAGACCUGCUGGAUCCUGGGAACCAGCCAACUCACCAUACCGGGAGCUGUAUCAUGCUAGAAACAACACAACCACCACUGUCAGAGAUGCUAUUAUUCCCUUGGUAUCUUGUCAACAGCAAUCUUGAAAAAUAUUGACCAAGGUAAUUGAGUUGAUCUUGCUUCAAAUUGUGUUCAUGUUGAUGAAACUGAUAAUGAAAUGAAUAUAUUAUUUGUAAAUUAAUUAAGUUUGUGAUUGUAAUAUAAC